CGCACUUAAACUACGUACCCGCUUGACUUUGGCCCCGCUCUCACCAAGUCGCGUCAUUCGCGUAAAGUGCAUUCCCCAACUCGGUUUCAUUGAAGCUCUCACCGAGCUCCCCUCAACUCCGAGGUUGCUUGUUUUCAUACCCAUCACACACCUCCGCGCUGCAUCAAACUCUCCUAACAUAUCGGAACUAGCCCCUCUCAGACGAGAUCCGGCUUCCGUAUACCUGGCUAUAACAGGAUCGAUGUUAUUCGAAAUUAAUUGAUUUUUCAGUCGGCGUCAUUAUCCAGGUGUCUUAGACCCCGGACGUCGAUCCACUUCUAGCGGCGCGCGUCACCCUUUCACGCGCGCUCGCUCGCGGGAACACGGACCAGUCUCGAACUUAAACCACUUUGGAUAAGGACCCAUAUCUCCCCGGGGACUGGGCAACGGAUUGCAUUCUUGAACAUUUCCUCCACCUACCCAACUCAACCCAGAUUUGGAAACGAAAGUCCAAAUCUUCUCUCCCGCAGCCCGUCCAGCAACGCACAAACAGCCCCUAACCGACCACUCGACUGGUCCGGCUGUAUUGUAUUGUUGGCAACGAUGGCUUCCUCAUAUUCUGCGGGCCUCAAUGGGCACGAUUGGUCAGGCGCUGCGCAGAGCUUCACCCAGCAGCAUAUGCCAACGCCGCCCGUUGCUUCAGAUCGCGAUGAAUGUGGCCCCCAGACACGGCCUAUGGGAGUUAAGGUCCUAUACAGCCUGAAGGACAGUGCCGACAACUUGCUGGCAAGAUGGCCGCAAAUGCAACAGAUCCAAACCAUACCCCUGGACGAGACCAACUCAAUUGGAGUCAUUGACCUCCGAAUAUGUCUGCAAGCAAUCCACCAGUGCAGUCCCGAACUUUUUGAUCAGCAGGAUCUUGAUUAUACCGUCUAUGCAUUCGAUUACUCCGAGGCCGACACUCCACUAGUUGGGCAGGGCAUGUUGUCUUGGGGACUGGAGGCUCUUCGGCCGAACGAGAUGCCCAAGCUUGUGACGGGUCGCGUUACCAAAAACCUCUUGAGCUUUUUCAACAGCAGUCCCAAGGAGACCCUUGAGGUUAAGCUGAAGCUGGCUGCAGUGGCUAGGAGGAGGCAAAGGACAGAGCAAAGUACAGAGUAUCCUCCUACUCAUGAUAACGGGAUGCAAUACCACCAGCAACAACAUCGUCAAUCGCAACCCCAGCAGCAGCAUUCGAAUAUGCCUGCUGCGUCAACACCAACAGACACCACAGAGUGGAACUCAUUCAUUCAGUCCAAUCCUAACCUGGCUCGAUCAGCAAGCGGUUCUUCCAUGCAACAGCCACAACAGCCGUCUUCACGUAACAGCUACCCUCAAAUACAAAUUCCAGGAUCUCGGCCUGGGUCCGCCUCAAUCCCUCCGGCGCAUGCUCCGUCUCCAGCUCCUAUCCCCCAGACAGGUUCCUCGGAUUCGGCCAGACCGAUGUCCGAUCAUGUCAUGUCGAGGCAGCAUUAUUCGCCUGCUCAUCAACAUUAUCAGCAGCAGUACUCACAGCCCCAGCCACUGCAACCCUUGGGUCCAAUGCACGACGGCCCCUUUACUGCCAGCCAGUCCAGAAUAGGGACCCCAGAUGUCAAGGAAUCCACGGCUGUACCGAUAGCGAAAUCAUCUAGGCCCUCAUCCCGAGCACGGUCAAGAGUUCCAACCGGCCGGCCGCGCGGGCGUCCGAAGAAAAAGCCAGUAGCCGACGGCAACACAUCUGGCCUUGAAGAUCCGACAGAUGCCGAUGACGGACCUCAAAGGAAACGAGCGAAAACGACGAUGGCUGAUUGGUCUGAGGACAGACCGUCUUUGGAUUCGACUGCAGACUCACUCCGUGUUGUUGCUGCCAUCUCGGGAUCCAUCCGGAGCAUAAGGCCUGUUGGCACAACCGGCGACCCCGUGGGCGGGAGUCAUCUUCAGGAAGGACCCCGCGCGCCCACACCUGUCCCUCAGGGCCCUGUCGCAAGGAAGGUUAAGCAAAGGAAGAAGCCAGUCGCAGCGCUUUCCCGCCAUGAUUCGAUCGCCAGCACGGAUGAUGCCAUGAGCUAUCCCAGCCUGCAGCAUGAGUCAAGUUUUGGCAUGUCCGGUCAUCAGCGGAUGGACGCACGGUCUCCAACAGAGUCUUUGGCGCCAUCUGAACAGGUCUAUACGCCAGAGGAGAGCCCGGCGGAUCUCGGGUCGUCUCCGCCAGUCCCAAGGUCAACUGCCUUCAUAAGAUCAAGCCCGGCAGCGUCAAGCCCCGUUCUACCUCGCAUGCUUCCAAACCCUCGACAUGAUUCUGGGUUCAUGAGUGGCGGUAUUGACGGCGGUAUCGACGACGAUGAAGCACAAACUUUGCCGCCUCAGAAACCUCGGCUGAGUCAACAGCGCGAGGCCUCACCCAAGCUCCCAAAGAUCGCAAAGCCUGUCCCUAGGAAAGGCAGCAACGUACAGAGUCAAGGGUUCCCAUUCAUGGAGGAGAUACCUGGUCCGCAGGAACUCCUUCCGCAAACGAGUAUCUAUAACCCGCCGCGAAGUCAAUCUCACAGGUUAAAACAACAACAGGAGUCCUCAGUGCCUCCCGCAAUGAAGCGUUCCAACACUGAGCCUAAAUCCAGGAGGACGAGUGUUCCAGAAUUACCCAUAGGAGGAGCUGCUCUGACACCCGCCGUCACACCCACUGCUGCAGAUCAACCUCUACCUUCAGUUGAAGAGCCAUCCACAAAAGGGCUAGGCAAUGUGCAGCUUUCUCAACAAGACGCUCGGAACCCUUCAAAAGAUUCAUCCAAAGAGCCUGUCCUGAAACCGCAGGAGCAAAACUUGGAGCAAACUGCGCAGGAGGAUUUUCAACAGGAAUCUUCAAAAGGGGAAGGAAUCUCUGAUGAGCAACUCCAGGCCCUGAUGGCCGCUGCGUCGGUUCCUGAGCCUGACCUGCCUAUGAUGUUGCCCCCCAACACAUCAACAUCUCGACCUACAACGAGCGCGACCCCUGUUCCAGAGAACAAUUUGUCCACUGUUACAGCUAGCGAUCCAGUUGGCCCGCAAACCAUGUUGACGCUUCCAUUGCCACCCGUCUCCUACUCUGAGGCUCCUUGCCCACCAAGUGAUACUCUGCAGGAACAGACCACGAGCAACAAAAACUACGCUAAAAAGCAGACUAUCAAGGAACGGUUGCAGCAAGCCAUUGAGCAGGGCGAAAUGCCGCCAUUCUGCAGCAACUGCGGUGCAAUCGAGACUCCCACGUGGCGCAAGAUGUGGACACAGGAUCACGUUGGGUCGCCAGGGUUUCAUGACUACUCGGAGAAGCCCGGACUCGUGACAGCCAUCGAUAUCCUUGAGCGAGACAAGGACGACAACCCCACCUCAUACCGACUGGUCAAGAAAUCACUGGGUCCAGGAGAAGACAAGGCUCUCUGGAAUAAGUCCUUGAUUUGCAAUCCCUGUGGUAUUUGGCUUGGGAAGUUCAAGUGUCAUCGCCCACCAGAACAAUGGGACAAAAACCUCGCCCGUCUCAACCAGCCACGCAGGAAGCGUGACAAAAGCGCAAGCUCUGGAAACGGUCGCUCCAAAAAGGCGCGGACUAAAAGCGACGCCCAACUGAACCUUACCUCGGAAGCGUGCUAUAUGACGGAUCCUCUGGGACCAGGUUACGAGCAGUUGGGGGACGAGACCAACAACACGUUGCAAAGCAGGCAAGCCUCGACAAACGAAGCGCAGACAGGCACGGGUUUUUUGGGAUCCCCAAACUCCAGGGGCCCGGGGUCAACACACUCUAGGGGCAGCGGAACUGCACAAAGCCCAAUUGCUGUUGAAGAUGACCUCGGGCCGGCUAGGAGGCUUCUCUUCCCUUCGCCGAGAAAAGAUGGAGUUCCAAAGGUCCUUGGCGAGUCGGCCAUUAAUAUCGUCAAGCCCGGCCCCGAAUUUGCAGCCGCCAAACCCGGGCAGAACGCUUCGUCUCAGAUGCAGAAAACGAUAACGCCUACCAAGAACUCAGAUAAAGAAAUGGCGGAUCUUUUCGGAACGCCGCCCAUGCGCCCAUCUACACCACCUCCCAACGGCAGCAGUGGAGGUCCGUUUAAGACCCCGACCCGUCCUACACCAAGCCACCGGCCGAUUACUCGUAGCGUAUCCAAGUCGAUUCGCUCGCAGCGAACAGUCACGAUGAUCUCACCAUCUCGCGGUCUUGCCGGCUUGCAGCGCACACCCUCUCGGACUCCAGGCCGACAACAUCUCUCAGCUCACUUCGCCGUUGAAGACAUGGCUAUCACCGGUCUGGGCGAUUCGCCAUUCCCUGCCACUCUUUCGCAGCUUCUUUCCGAGGCCAAUGGCUUUACCAACGGCUCGCCGUCGCAUGGACUUGGCGAUUUGGGAGGAUUUGAUCUAAGCUCAAACUUACUUGACUUUGAUAAUGUCCUCAACACCAAUAUGCCGAUGCCUAGCUCGCCGCCGCUUAUUAAGGAGGGCGGCGUGAUGAAUUACGAUCCAUCAUGGGACAUGACGACGUGGUCGCACAAUGAACAAGAAGACUGUACCAUGGCCGGGGUCGAUGUUGGUCAAAAUGUCUAGUUAACUGAAGACCAGCGUCGAGCCCUUGAUGAGGCUCUUUCGAUCCAUGACCUCUUUAAUCCGGUUCCCGUCGAGGCGCCAAGGCAGUGACCACAGUCUUGGACUUUCAAAUCCAGGAAUGCCGGCUUUGUCUCGACGUUUGUUUUGUCUUUUUUCUUCUUGUUCCCUUGUCUCCUGACAAACGUACGUUCCGGCAGGUGUUUCUUUUCUUUUUUGCCGUUGAUUUUUCUGGGUGGUUCCAAUCUGCUUUUUAGAAAGGUGUAAAAAACGCCAUGCAGCGGCGCACUUGGCUCAGCGACGGAGUUAUGGUUGCAUUUGAAUAUUCGUGAAUGGGAAUUGUUAUUACCACCCGCAUCAAAACCAUGGUAUCUUACGCUUUCCAUUGUUUCAAACUGUAGAUAGAAUAAAUGUUCCACAGGAUCUCGAACAAAUGACGUUUGUGUGGAACAGGCGUGGCGACAACUGUUCUACUUCCAUGGAGGAAUCCAACCAAGUUAUCUUGCCCACCUAUUAGACUAGACCUAGACUGAAUCUACGUCAUUUGAC